ACACAAGCAAAAGGUGCAGAGGUGAGCACAGAUCACCUGAAGCUCUUUCUGUCACGGAGGAGGUGGCAGCGCUCCCAAAUCAGCUACAAGUGCCACCUGGUGCUGCGCCCCAUUCCAGAGCUGCUACGUGCUCCCCCGGAGCGGGUGUGGGUGGCCAUGCCUAGAAGACCACCCCCAAGUGGGGGACUCUCAUCUUCAUCAGACUCAGAAGAGGAAGAGUUGGAAGAACUUCCCUCGGUGCCCCGCCCCCUGCAGCCCGAGUUCUCAGGUUCUCGGGUAUCCCUCACUGACAUCCCCACUGAAGAUGAGGCUCUGGGGACCCCGGACGCUGGGGCUGCCACCCCCAUGGACUGGCAAGAACAGGGAAGGGCUCCCUCUAAGGACCAGGAGGCCCCCAGCCCUGAGGCACUCCCCUCUCCAGGCCAGGAGCCCCCAGAUGGGCCUAGCCCCAGGCGGCCGGAGCUCCGUAGGGGCAGCUCUGCUGAGAGCGCCCUGCCCCGAGUCGGGUCGCGGGAGCCGGGCCGGAGCCUGCACAAGGCAGCAUCUGUGGAGCUGCCGCAGCGCAGGAGCCCCAGCCCGGGUGCCACCCGCCUGACUCGGGGAGGCCUGGGUGAGGGCGAGUACGGCCAGAGGCUGCAGGCCCUGC